AUGAAUGAGAUGAAUGAGAUGAAUGAGAUUAAUGAGAUGAAUGAGGUGAAUGAGAUGAAUGAGAUGAAUGAAGUGAAUGAGAUGAAUGAGAUUAAUGAGAUUAAUGAGAUGAAUGAGAUGAAUGAGAUGAAUGAGAUGAAUGAGGUGAAUGAGAUGAAUGAGAUGAAUGAAGUGAAUGAGAUGAAUGAGAUGAAUGAGAUGAAUGAGAUGAAUGAGGUGAAUGAGAUGAAUGAGGUGAAUGAGGUGAAUGAGAUGAAUGAGAUGAAUGAGGUGAAUGAGAUGAAUGAGAUGAAUGAGAUGAAUGAGGUGAAUGAGGUGAAUGAGAUUAAUGAGAUGAAUGAGAUGAAUGAGGUGAAUGAGAUGAAUGAGGUGAAUGAGGUGAAUGAGGUGAAUGAGAUGAAUGAGAUGAAUGAGGUGAAUGAGGUGAAUGAGAUGAAUGAGAUGAAUGAAGUGAAUGAGAUGAAUGAGAUGAAUGAGGUGAAUGAGGUGAAUGAGGUGAAUGAGAUGAAUGAAGUGAAUGAGAUGAAUGAGAUGAAUGAGAUGAAUGAGAUGAAUGAGGUGAAUGAGGUGAAUGAGGUGAAUGAGAUUAAUGAGGUGAAUGAGGUGAAUGAGGUGAAUGAGAUGAAUGAGAUGAAUGAAGUGAAUGAGAUGAAUGAGAUGAAUGAGGUGAAUGAGGUGAAUGAGGUGAAUGAGGUGAAUGAGAUGAAUGAGAUGAAUGAGGUGAAUGAGAUGAAUGAGGUGAAUGAGGUGAAUGAGGUGAAUGAGAUUAAUGAGAUGAAUGAGAUGAAUGAGGUGAAUGAGAUGAAUGAGGUGAAUGAGGUGAAUGAGGUGAAUGAGAUGAAUGAGAUGAAUGAGGUGAAUGAGGUGAAUGAGAUGAAUGAAGUGAAUGAGAUGAAUGAGAUGAAUGAGGUGAAUGAGGUGAAUGAGGUGAAUGAGAUGAAUGAAGUGAAUGAGAUGAAUGAGAUGAAUGAGAUGAAUGAGAUGAAUGAGAUUAAUGAGAUGAAUGAGGUGAAUGAGAUGAAUGAGAUGAAUGAGAUGAAUGAGAUGAAUGAAGUGAAUGAGAUGAAUGAGAUGAAUGAGAUUAAUGAGAUUAAUGAGAUGAAUGAGGUGAAUGAGAUGAAUGAGAUGAAUGAGAUGAAUGAAGUGAAUGAGAUGAAUGAGAUGAAUGAGAUGAAUGAGAUUAAUGAGAUGAAUGAGGUGAAUGAGAUGAAUGAGAUGAAUGAGGUGAAUGAGAUGAAUGAGAUGAAUGAGAUGAAUGAGGUGAAUGAGAUGAAUGAGAUGAAUGAGGUGAAUGAGAUGAAUGAGAUGAAUGAGAUGAAUGAGAUGAAUGAGAUGAAUGAGGUGAAUGAGAUGAAUGAGAUGAAUGAGGUGAAUGAGAUGAAUGAGAUGAAUGAGAUGAAUGAGAUGAAUGAGAUGAAUGCAUUAACUGAGGACCUGAAUGAGAUCUGGGUGGUUUUCAGCUCUGAGCAGUGA